AUGUCGGAGUACACCUUAAGCACCAUCCAAUCCGGGAUCAAGAAGAUGGAGAAGGCACAGAGAUUCAUGGCAAUGCGUCGUCCCAACCUCGAUCCAUGUAACACGCUGGGCGAGGAACGUCGCUACGAGGCAGAAAAUGGCGAUUUCUGCUCCACUCGCUUCACAGUUACGCAGUUCGAAGACGCAACGAGUGUCAAGCAAGUCUUCGAUUUGUUGCUCUAUUAUUUCUGCAAUAUUGAGAUCAGUAUCUCGGAAAAGAUCGGCCACAUUACCAUACGAGAAGUUGACGGAGUCCUGUUCUCACAGUACUAUGGCCACAGUACGGACAAGAGACACGGCUCAGCAGACGGUAGAUACGGGAUAAUCGUCGCUGACUUCGUAGACGAAGAUGAGAGACAUCCAUAUGUUCCUAGUCAACGUGUACGUCGAGAUGUGAAUGCUGUGCUGGAGAUACGCGAGUUUAAGCAGCAACGAUCGAAGAACGUGACGGGUGAUGCGUCACGUAAGUCGGUGGCUGUGCUGUGUCGAUGGGUGCAGAAUCGAAUGCAUUACCCAAAGUUCCUUGUAUGCACGGACGGGUGGUACGAGCUUCGAGAUAAUAUGGAUCUGUGGGGGCGCGCACUUCAUCGAACGAUAGCAGAGAAUCUUCGUGGCCGACCAUAG